CUACCCCUCCCACCACGCGGCCUGCGGCUGCGCCUCCUGCCGGCCGCCUCCACAGCCGCUGCAGCCGCUGCAGCCGCCCCAGCCUCCUCAGCCGCCGGCGCCGAGCCACUCCAGGGCCCCCCCGCCGCAGGCCGCGCCGGCCCCGCCCCAGGCCCCCCAGCCCCGCGUUGACGUCCCCGCGCGGGGCGCCGCCGCGGCGCUCGUGAGGCCGAGCCCCUCGCAGUCUGAAGGGCCGCCCGCCAAGAGGAUGCGCGCCGAGCGCGUGGAGACCGUCUCGCCGGUGGACCUGUCCGUGCGCACUGUGCGGCGGUCCGCCGACUCGACGGCCUGGCCCGACGUGGACCCCGAGCCCGAGGACUGCGACUCGACGGCGCUGCUGCAGCCGCCGCGGGCGCGGGCCGCGUCGCACGUGUCCUCGGCGCCGCGGCCGCCGCGCCGCAGCGCCGUGGUGCCGCGCAUGCACUACAUGCCCGACUUCAGCGUGGCGCAGUUCUUCCAGCGGGGCCCGCCCGCCGGCCCGCCCCGGCGCGAGGAGCGCGUCGAGCCGCCGCCCCAGGUGGCGCUGCCGCGGGUGUCCACGCUGCCGUGGCCGUCGGCGCUGCCCGCGUCCGCGUCGCAGCCCGUGGCGCACCACUCGCCGCUGCUGCCGAGGUACUCGUCGAACCGCAGCUCGCUGUACCCCAGCAGCUCGGCGCCCGCGCUGCCCCCGGGCGCCGCCUCGGGCUACCUGCUGGACGGGCUGCCCGCGCCGCCCGCCGCCCCCGCCGCCCCUGCGCCGUUCUCCGCCCCCGCGCCGUCCCCGCGGCCUCCGCCACCCAGCGUACCGGACGUCCCCGAAGGCCCGGCUCGCAUCCGUACCAAGGCUGAAAUGAAAAUGCAACUCGGGGACGCCGCCGCGGAGGCGGUGCGGUCCUGGCUGGCCUCGUCCUCGCCGCUCGCCGCGGAGUCCGUCGAGCCCCCCUGUGCAGCCUCCAGUGAGUGCGCGCCGUUGCCCCGGCCCUGGCCUCCUCGCCCUGCGUGCCGACCGAGUGCCAGCCUUGCUCCUGUUGCAGCGUCGGGCCUGGGCAUGGAGCCUAGCACGUCGGCCCUGGAGGACCCCCACGUCGUGCGCCGCGGCGUCCUGGACCCUGUCCGAGCGCCAGUCCUCGACCCCGUCCAGGUCCCCGCCCAGGACGCCGCCGUGGCCGCGGCUCCGGCUGCGGGAUCGGCCACCCCCGACGCCACGAGGACUGCCGUCGUUUCCUCGUCGGCUACCUUGUGUGCCGAUGAACCCCCGUUUGCCUCUGUGGCCCCCGUAUUCGAGCCCCUGCCAGCUGGCGCAUCGACAGCCAUUGAGAGUGAUGACAGCCAAGGUGCCUGGGCCCAAUCUUGCAGGGACUUUGAGAUGCAAUUAGGAGCUGGCAAAAGUUUUACAAGUCCAAAGAAGCAAUUGCAGAAAAACAUCCAGAAGCAAUCUACCUAUACAUGUGAUAAUAAUUUGUAUAAUUUCAAUAAGAAACUUGCAAGGAGCCCACCAGUUAGUCCAGAUGCUUCUGAAAAUCACAAGGUUCUCAGACAAGUUAAGAAUAUAGUAUCGAGUACAGAAUCAAUAGUCAAAGUAAAGAAUUCAUCGACAAACUCCAGUGAUCACUCUACUAGAAGAAAUAGAAGGUUGAAUAAAGUGAUUAAGAAUGAACCAGAUUCUGAUGCCUCAGAAGGAGCCUCAUCAGUUAUUGACGAGGACUGUGCUUCUCUGUCAAGUGAUGAUCAGUCCCUUAGAUCUGCCAGAACUCGAACAUCUGGACAAAGGUCCUCCAGGAAAGAAACUUUAGGCAAGAGAGACUUAAGCAGUAGAAGUCAAUCGAAAGUUGAAAUUGUCAGAUCCCCAACCAGAAGAAGGAAGACGUCAAGCAAAGAAAGCUCUCCAGCAAAAACACCACUGAAUGACCAAAUUGAUCUUAAAAGUGGAAACAAUGCAGGAUGCUCAUCAGAACCUCAACCUUCUGAAGAUGAAAACCCUGAAAAAUUGAAUGCUCCUCAGACUCAAAGUGUCAAAAUUAGAUUGCGUACUAAGAUUGUGGAAGUUGAAAGAGUGUGCCUCCGACCCAAAGGGGACGGAUCUGAUUUCCGGCCAGGAUGGGAGGAAGAAGUUUUUCAGUAUAAACGUUCCCUGAGGAUGCCUCCAGUUCUAAUCAAUAUGUCCAAGAGAUUUUCUGAUGUGGAUAUGGACUGUCCAAAAUCUCCAUUGAUUAAUUCUGGAAAGGAAUCUGCAGCUAAUAGUUCCUUACCAAGCCGAUGUUCAAGACCUAAUAGUGAAUUGGACGUCAUAUCCACCUGCCCAGAUUUAGAAUCUGAAGAUGCUUUGUCCUCAGCUUCACAACCUGUCUCUGUUAAAAACAGAAUGGGUGGUGGAAGGCAUAGCAUUGUAGACAAACUUGUGGAAAAAGUUUCUAAACCAGCAAGCAGGAAAAAAAGUGAAAAUCUCAAAAUUUAUGACAUUUCUGGAAUGAAAGCUAAGCUGCAAAGCACCCUAAAAUUAAAACUAAAUGAACCCAGCACAAGUAGCAAAGAUUCUAAUUUAAAGAAGGACACUAACAAGAAGAAGAGCACUUCUAAGGUGUCUGAAGACUUCAUCAAAUCAGUUUUUGGAGCUGAAAAAGUGUCACCCAAAAGUGAUUCAAAAGCACUGGAUAAUAAAAAAUUGAAAGUGAAAUCUAUUCCAAACAAGAGAAAGCCAGAACGGUUACCUGUAAGACAGAUAUCUUUACGGAAGCGUAUUUUAGUAAUACCAAAAACAACAAAUGGCAAACCAUCAAAGAAACUGGAUGGUACCCAAACUGAUGGUAUUGUAUUAAGACCAAGAAAUGUCCAGCAAGGGUCGAACACUCGGCCUGUCAUGAGAAGCGCUGCCCUUGUACGCAGGAGCAAAGUUGUUCUAAACUCAAAGCAACAGAAGAAUACCGUCAAAACAGAAAUGAUUAGUAAAGAAAGUGCUUGUGGAGGAGAUACCAAGAAAAGUUCUAUUGAUGUUGAAAAUUCAUUGUCAAAAGAUUGUUUGGAUUCACAACCUCCUGUUAUACGCAAGAAAGUUAGAUUGAGGCGAAAGUUUCGCUCAGGAUUUGAUUAUAUCCGCAAAAAGAAGAGAGUGAGAAAAGAUGCAAAAAAAAUUGAAGUUGAUGUUGAGAAAGAAAAAAUUGUGCCUGUUGUAGCAAGAACACCUUUAACUGAAGAACAAAUUCAAGUGACUUUACGUAAUUGGGUAAUAAAUCGUAGUCAUGGAGAUACUGUUCUUCAUAGAGCAUCCCGAGUUGGCUAUGCGGAAGUUGCUCAGUACGCUAUUGAAAAAUUAAAUGUCUCACCUCGUGUUGCUGAUAAUGCAGGGUACACACCAUUGCAUGAGGCAGCUCGCCGGGGUCAUGUUGAGCUGUCUAAGAUUUUGCUGGAGAAUGGAGCAGAUGUUAGUUGCAGUGCUACAGGAGGUAUUAGGCCAUUGCAUGAAGCUGCAGAAUCAAAUAAUGUUGAAAUGCUACGCUUAUUACUUGAGUACGGUGCUGAUCCAACACUGGCUACUUAUGCUGAUGAAACUCCACUUUCAAUUGUUGAACCUGACAGUGCUGCUCACAAGCUGCUACUGUUACAUUUAGCAGACGUGCAGGGUUUGCCUGCUCCACCAUGGAAAUUCCAUGGUCCUUCAACAAUAUUUGAUCCUGUAACCUACAAAGGAGAUCUUGCUCUUCAGUCAGCACCUGCUGUUGAAAGCGAUUCAGAAAGUGAGAUUGAUAUGUUUUCUUCAGAAGUCACACCGCCACCUCUUUAUUCUUUUUGUGAUGAACCUUCCUCUCAAUGUUGGGUGCUUAUCAAAGAUUUGAUGGAAGUACUCAAUAUUCAAAGUGAAGAGGAAUUGAUGCAACAGCUUAACGGAAAUGCCCAAGAUAGGCCUACCUCUUCUCAAUACCAAAAUGACUUUGUUCGAACAAGAGAAAUAACUGUGGAAGAAUUUCUCCAGAAGACUGAAACAGUGACUUUCUCUGCUCCAUUAGUUAAUUUGCCUGUUGCUGAGUGUAAAAUUUGUCUCAUAGAGUUUAAUUGUAGGGUACGUGAACUUCUCAAUGAAGAAACAACAUCAUUAGUGUAAAAUCAUGAAGACUUGAUCGUAUUAGGUAUUUAUUUUUCAUUCAGAGACGUGUUAAAGAUGCAUUUUAAUGUGUCUUGGUACAGUUAUGUUUGUGUUUUUUUUAAAGUCUAUGACAUGUUGACUGUUUAAUAAGAGUUUCACGGAACAAAUCUCAAAAUCUAUAUUUGGAAAAUUCUUUGUUUAUAAUGCCAUUCUUGGCUCAUGAGGUAUUUUUGUAUAGGUUGUUUUGAUAAAAAAAAUUGUGUCCUUUAUAUUUUGUUUUCU